AGAAGCCAUAGGAACACUGUUAAAUUCGUCGUGGGAGGUACCAAGAACUGCGUCAGAUAUUCAGCGUACGCUUAGCCUGUCUGAUAGUAGCCGAGGGAUCUAAGUGAGUGAACGGAGUGAAUUCUCAAAGCUAUAAAGGAAGGUUCAAGCCACCAGCGAACGAUUGCCCUGUGUCUGUUGAUUUUAGAGCCCUAGACAGUUGCUAUAAAUGAAUAUCAAAGACACCAACUGAUAGAAAAUGAACUCUCAACUUGUGGACAAAAAAGGGAGGGUGUGGCAAGAGCGGACUGUGAUUGUGAAAAAAGAUAGCAAGGGAUUUGGAUUCACUCUUUCCCGGGAGAUGCCCGUGUUUGUGGACAAAGUGUUCACUGGUACCUCAGCACACAAGGCAGGGAUCCUUGAGGGAGACAGAAUCAUGAAGGUGAACGGUACUGAGGUAGUGGGCCACAAGCAUGGAGAGGUGGUGGACAUGAUCCGAGACUCCACCCACGUCACUCUCACCAUCAUCGGGACCAUGAACGGUGGUACUAAGACACUGCGAUCAGGCAAAGCUGACAACUCACAAGGAAUCGAGAUAUCCACACCUCGGCACCUCCAGGAGUUGACUCAGCAGAGCCUCAAGUCGAUGCUACAGAAGCAGCGCAAAGUGUACGAUGACCUCUCCGUAGAGUUCAGCAAGGAGCAGGCAGAGAAGGUGGAGAAGGAACUACGAGACUGUGAGAACAUCAUCAAGAUUCUAGAGGAAGAGUUAGCAGCCAAGACCCCGGCCAUAGACAUCCACCUGCAGACCACCUCCUCCAAUAUCAAGAUGCUUACCGGUAAGAGUCGUAGUCCCCCUCAACUGGAGCAGCUGUCAAAGAAGCUACAGAGCAUGAGCUACAGUCGUGAUGACACGGACGUGCAUGAUGGACCAAUGUCACCCCCCAAGAAGUUCACCACUGUGGAUAACCCAAGUCCAAAGCCUUCUAGAUCACAUACAUUCUCCAUAUCUAAUGGAUCACAACUCUCGCCUGGCAAGCCGCUCUGGAGGUCCUCAAUCAAAGCACCUGGAGAGGAUUCUGAUGAUGACCUUUCUGAUGAAGUGGCCUCUGAUGCUGGUCCCUUCUCCUCGUUGCAAGAGCUUAAAGGUCACCCAGCUCACCUUGCCGUGUUCCUGCACUAUCUCUACCUCACCAAGGACCCUAAACACUUACUGUUCUUCCUGGUGACGAGCAGCUAUCAGAAUAACCUGACCGGGAACAAUGAGCUGCUGAGGACGAGAGGGAUGGACAUCUUCUGGACCUUCUUCCUCGAUCAGUCCCCUCUCCCUCUGGACGUGGAGCAGGGAGCCAAGGAGAGGAUGCUGAGCACCCUGGAGAACAGCAACACUGAGAACAAGCUGCGUAGUGUCUUUGUGGAGGUGAGAGAGAGUUUAACGGAGACCAUCGUCAACGACCUCGGUAACUACAGACACAAACGAGUCAUCGGAUUGGCCGGAAUGUUCAACGAUCAUCUCCUGUCUAAGGAUAUGACUAAAGCCAAGCACAUUGAGGUGGUGUUGUUAACCCUGGUGCCUGAUCUUAAGCAGCUGCUAGAUGACAAAAGUUCCAGUGGUGUGUUGGAGUGUGUGAAAAACCACGCUAUAGCCGCAUGCAUGGCCACAUUCGUGAUGGACCUGCUGGCUGCUAACAAGGGGGUGGGGAAAACCCCCACCAUACUAGAGCGUGUGCAGUCCUUCACCAAGCCAGACAUACUACUCAAGAAGCCUACCAAGAAGAAGAAAACAAUGGCAAGUCGUGGCCAUUCGUUCCAGCUGACGUCCUUCAAGAGCCCAACGACAUGUGACCAGUGUGGGAAGUUCCUCUGGGGUGUGGUCUAUCACGGUUUCCAGUGCUCACAGUGUGCCAUCAACCUCCAUCGCUACUGCUGCAUCACUGAGCUAGCUGCAGAGUGUGCGGGGCAACAGAAGACGUGGGCCAGUCGACCGAGGAGAAGCUCAACACUCUUGAACAGGAAGCAAAGUCUUCCGAAUAUGUACUCAACAACUGAGGAAACAAACUUGGGUAAACUGGAGGGGGUGGGCUCUACCGAUCACUACCACAACUCACGCCUUGAUGACCCGGACGACAAGCAGAGUCCUCCUACAGAGACUGCACCAUCUCCGAGCUUUGAGAGCUCACUGGAGAAUUCGACAUCUGUUCCUCCUGUUGUCAGGAGGGACCGAUCCAUCUCUGACCCCCACACCAACAGCCUUCUGCUCUCAGACAGUGAGGUGUCUGUCAUGACCUCACCAAACAAUGCAAAAGAGAAAAUCAAGAGGACCAACUCUGAGAAGCUUCCAUCAAAACCUGAGACAUUAGAGAGAAAUUUCAGCAAUGAAGGGAUAAGUUGGAGCUCUGAGGACUCUCAACUAGGGAAGCAGGGUUCACUGGAAGCUAUUGUUGAGACCCCCUCAUCCUCCAACUCCAAACUAGCCAUGGUGGAUGAGGAUAUCAUGAAGGAGCUCCUUGAUGACCACAUCAGAGAGACCCCCCCUGCAUGGGCGGAGGUGGCUCCACUGGAGCUACUGGAGAGCAUGAGACGCCCUGAGAUACAACGACAAGAGUACAUACGUGAGCUGGUCUACACUGAGAGAACUCACCUGUACAAGCUCAAGAUCAUGAGAUGUAUGUACAAGAUUCCUCUUCAGAAGCAAGGCAUCCUACCUGCUCGGGACAUAGAGCAGCUGUUCCCCAGUCUAGAGGAGCUCAUCCACUUCCACAGUGGGUUCUGCUCCCAGCUCAAGGAGAGGGUAGCUCCUCUCAAGGACGGUAUCGUCACAAGCAUCGCAGACCUACUUCUGCAAAGGUUUGAGGCCAACGCUGGUGAUCGUCUGUGUCACGCUUGCUCCGUGUUUGCCUCCAACCAACCUAAAGCCGAGAAGUUGCUCAAGGAUUGGAAGAGAAAGAAUGAGAGACUCCGCCUCUUCAUCAAGAACCAAGAGUCCCACCCUCUCUCUAACCGCCUCACUCUCAGUGACCUAAUGCCUAUUGCUUGGAACAGGCUGACCAGAUACAAGCUACUCAUUGACAACAUUGUGCGUGCUUACAAGAAAGAUGUCGACCAUCUUGAUGAGUCUGAGAAGCUAGAGUGUGAGAAGACAGAGACUGCACUUGCCUGCGUCAAGAAAAGUCUGUCCCAUGUAAACAGGCAAGUGAACAUCUCUCAUCAGCAGCAGAAGUUGAUAGAGCUCCAGUCCAAGAUAGAGUAUGUGGGGAUGGACAAGACUCAACACCCCAUAGCCAAGCUAUACAAGACCCUGGAUCUGUGUGCCAAGAACAGACGACUGGUUCGUGAAGGAUCCCUCAAAUGGAGAUUACAACACAAGAAAGUCCUAGAGUUGCAUGCCCUGCUGUUCAACGACAUCUUGGUACUACUGGAGAAGAAUGAGGACAAAGACAAGUACCUGUACUGUUGUCACACUGUAGACAAUGUCUCGGGCUCUAAGGAGGAGCUAAGUCCAGUCAUCAGGUUGCAGGAGUGUCUGCUGAGGCAUGCAGCUGCUGACAGAGGUGGUAGGACAUUCCUACUAGUAAACAACAGCAGUCUCAUGAAGCUGGCACAGAUGUACGAGUUCAUUGCAGAGAGCACUUCAGAGAAGAAGCUAUGGGAGGACUCCAUCAAGAGAGCGAUGCUCAUGGGCCCCCAGGACACUUCUGUCUCACCUGAUCUGCCAGUCUCUCCCGUGGAAGAUGAGGUGCUGCUGGGUCUCUCAGCUAUGACCAUGCAUCUCAACCCAAGAGAACAACUCAACAAGAUUGAUGAGGAUAUGAAGAAGCUUCACGAGGACAAACUGCGGAUACUGCGAGCCAUGCAAGGAGUGAGAGUGAGUGAGAGAACUACUCCCCAGCCUAAGGAGGACCAACCACCGUCAAAGGGAAUCAUCUUUAACACCAUCGAAUUAGCUGGAGACAUAACGUCAGCAGUGUCCCACAUCAUGGUGCCCAACCCCACCAAGGGCAUCAUUACUGACACUCAGUAUCGCCUCACCAACAUCAUACACGAACUACAGAAGAAUCUCUCUAAACUGCUCAUCAUGUCUGGCGGUGGACAGUCCUUCCAAGCAAGUGUUGCCAGCAUUUCUCCGUUGGACCUUGACCUGACAUCUGACUCCAUCUCCAGUGCUGGAGAGACCACCUCCCUUGAGUUGACCACACCCUCUAGUGGGUGUGUCAGCAGCUCCUCAACAUCCAGUCAAAACAACUUUAUACCAUCAGAAUUAAGGAGCGAGACAGAGGGUGGUAGGGAUGUGGCAGGUUCCACAGAGAUGGUCAAUAUACCCUCACCUAUCCCAGAGGUGGACGAGGCACUACGUGACGACCUCAUGCUGUCGCCUGUCUCCCCGCUGAGUGGCGAUGAUGACGACCUAGCCAGUGAUCUCCCCUCAGCUCUCAGUGGGAGCUCCAUAGACAGGGGCCUAUUGUUCAUCGUUCCUCCGCCUGAUAUUUUCUCGGGGGAUGAGAGUGUCACCCCUACUCCCGGGAUGGAGGGGGAUAUAACAGAUGCCGACUCUCAAGUGAGCACUCCUCGAUUGUGCGACCCUCACUUUACAGAGGCCAUGGCCGUCGUUACAGAGGGAAAGGUGUCUCCGCUGGUAUUGGCGCGGGCCAAAGCCAAUGGUAGGGAGGAGUUGCUCUCACCACCACUUGAGGAGUCCUCUGGGUCACCAUCAAAUCCACCAACACAGCAGAGAAACAACUCGCCUCUUGUGAAGCACAAUUCUCCCUCCUCCCUACAUACUGUCAAGGUGUUCACCAGUUCUGAACACAGCAUGCAGCCCUCUAAAGUAGACUCAACUGACGACUCUAUCCCCACUUUCUCUCUGUCUCGAAGGAGCACUAGUAACUCAAUAAACAGUGACGUUGGUAGCAGGCCUGAUUCCCCUGGUUACCAGGGCUCAGAUUUAUAGCUGUUUAUUUUUUAUUGCACUUUUUAUUUUAUUUAGAUGUUUGUGCCUUGCAAGUAUACAUGAGUGUUUCAAUAAUAAUUAAAUUAAUGUUUGAA